AUGACAGAAGAAAGCAAAGGUGAAGGAAAAGGAGAAAGCGGGAAGGACCUGGAGAAGCAGCUGCGCCUCAGGGUGUGCGUUUUGAAUGAGCUGCUGAAGACGGAACGCGACUAUGUGGGCACGCUGGAGUUUUUGGUGUCGGCCUUCUUUCACAGAAUGAUGCAAUGGGCUGCUUCCAAAGUUGAUAAAAACGUUACAGAGGAAACAGUUAAGAUGUUGUUCUCAAAUAUUGAAGAUAUUCUUGAACUGCACAAGGAUUUUCUGUCCAGUAUUGAAGAAUGUCUGCGCCCUGAACCUAAUGCUCAACAAGAAGUGGGAACCUGCUUUCUUCACUAUAAAGACAGAUUUCGUAUCUAUGAUGAAUACUGCAGUAACCAUGAGAAGGCACAGAAACUUCUGCUUGAACUUAACAAAAUAAGAACAGUGCGGACGUUUCUAUUGAACUGCAUGCUGCUAGGAGGACGCAAGAGUACAGAUAUGCCGUUAGAAGGAUACAUAGUAUCACCAAUCCAGAGAAUAUGCAAGUAUCCACUUCUUUUGAAGGAGCUGUUAAAGCGCACUCCCAAAAAACACAGUGACUACUCUGCCUUAAUGGAAGCUCUCCAAGCAAUGAAAUCUGUCUGUUCCAAUAUAAAUGAGGCAAAGAGGCAGAUGGAAAAAUUAGAGGUUUUAGAAGAAUGGCAGUCUCACAUUGAAGGAUGGGAGGGUUCUAACAUCACAGACACAUGCACUGAAAUGCUGAUGUAUGGAGUCCUGUUGAAAAUCUCUGCAGGAAAUAUUCAGGAACGGGUGUUUUUUCUUUUUGAUAAUCUUUUAGUCUAUUGCAAAAGAAAACAUAGACGAAUGAAGAACAGCAAAGUAUCCACAGAUGGACAUCGGUAUCUAUUCCGAGGCAGAAUAAACACAGAAGUGAUGGAGGUGGAAAAUGUAGAUGAUGGUACAGCUGACUACCACAGCAGUGGCCAUAUUGUUAUAAACGGUUGGAAGAUACACAAUACUGCAAAGAACAAAUGGUUUGUGUGCAUGGCAAAAACAGCUGAAGAAAAGCAGGAGUGGCUGGAAGCUAUUCUGAAAGAAAGAGAGAGAAGAAAAGGUCUAAAACUAGGCAUGGAACAAGAUACUUGGGCAAUGAUCUCUGAACAAGGAGAGAAACUUUACAAAAUGAUGUGCAGGCAAGGGAACCUGAUAAAGGACAGAAAGAGAAAAUUAACUACCUUUCCCAAGUGUUUCCUAGGGAGUGAAUUUGUAUCCUGGCUGCUGGAAAUUGGAGAGAUUCACAGACCUGAAGAAGGUGUUCAUCUUGGCCAGGCUUUGUUAGAGAAUGGCAUUAUCCACCAUGUUACUGAUAAGCAUCAGUUCAAGCCUGAACACAUGUUGUACAGAUUUCGUUAUGAUGAUGGCACAUAUUACCCAAGAAGUGAAAUGCAGGACGUAAUUUCCAAGGGUGUAAGAUUGUACUGUCGUCUGCAUAGUCUAUUUACUCCGGUGAUAAGAGAUAAAGAUUAUCAUCUAAGGACCUACAAAUCUGUAGUGAUGGCGAAUAAAUUGAUAGACUGGCUAAUUGCUCAGGGGGAUUGCAGGACAAGAGAAGAAGCAAUGAUCUUUGGAACAGCACUUUGUGACAAUGGAUUUAUGCACCAUGUAUUGGAAAAAAGUGAAUUUAAAGAUGAACCUCUGCUCUUUCGUUUUUUCGCGGAUGAAGAAAUGGAAGGCUCAGACAUGAAACACAGGCUUAUGAAACAUGAUUUAAAAGUAGUGGAAAAUGUAAUAGCCAAAUCACUGUUGAUUAAAUCAACUGAAGGAAGCUAUGGUUUUGGCUUAGAAGACAAAAACAAAGUGCCGAUAAUUAAAGCAGUAGAAAAUGGAUCAAAUGCUGAGAUGGCAGGCCUGGAAGUUGGAAAAAAGAUCUUUGCCAUUAAUGGUGACCUAAUUUUUUUGAGACCCUUCAGUGAAGUGCAUAGCUUUCUGAAAGCAUGUUUAAGCAGCAGAAAACCCCUCAGGGUGCUUGUGAGCACAAAGCCCAGGGAGACAGUGAAGAUCCCUGACUCUGUGGAUGGUCUUGGAUUCCAAAUACGAGGUUUUGGUCCUUCUGUUGUCCAUGCUGUUGGAAAAGGAACUGUGGCUGCUGCUGCUGGUCUUCAACCUGGACAGUGCAUAAUCAAAGUGAAUGGAAUUAAUGUCAGCAAAGAAACCCAUGCAAGUGUUAUUGCCCAUCUCACAGCCUGCAGGAAAUACAGACGUCCAAACUCUCAAGAUUCUAUUCAAUGGGUAUAUAACAGCAUUGAGAGUGCCCAGGAAGAGCUUCAGAAAACAAAUUCCAAACCCUUAGGGGAUGAAGGAGAAGAUGCAUUGGACUGUAAAGUGGAAGAAGUAAUUGACAAAUUUAACACCAUGGCAAUUAUUGAUGGACGAAAGGACCAUGUCAGUCUGACUGUGGAUAAUGUUCAUCUGGAAUAUGGUGUGGUUUAUGAGUAUGACAGUACUGCUGGAAUAAAAUGCCAUGUUUUGGAGAAGAUGAUCGAACCAAAGGGCUUUUUUACCUUGACAGCAAAGAUUCUUGAAGCACUAGCAAAAAGUGAUGAGCAAUUUGUGCAAAACUGUAAUAGCCUAAAUAGUUUAAAUGAAGUAAUCCCAACUGAUCUUCAAAGUCAAUUCAGUACAAUCUGCAGUGAGAAAAUUGAGCAUAUCUGCAGACGAAUCACUAGCUAUAAAAAGUUUUCACGAGUUUUAAAAAACAGAGCUUGGCCUACCUUUAAGCAAGCUAAAUCAAAGAUCUCACCAUUGCACAGCAGUGAUUUUUGUCCAACGAAUUGCCACAUUAACGUGAUGGAAGUUUCAUACCCUAAAACCUCAACGUCAGUUGGUAGUGCUUUUGGUGUUCAGUUAGACAGCAGAAAACAUUUUUCGUAUGAAAAAGAAAACAAACAUAGUGACCAAGGUAAACUGAGUCCCAUGGUUUAUAUACAACAUACAAUUACUACAAUGGCAGCUCCAUCAGGACAUUCCUUAGGUCAACAGGAAGGCCAUGGUUUGAGAUAUCUGUUAACAGAAGAGGAUCUGGAAACACAAGAUGUCUAUCAGAAAUUGUUGUGCAAAUUGCAAGCUGCACUGAAAGAGGUGGAAAAUUGUGUUUCUCAAAUAGAUUACCUUCUCUCUUCAAUAACGUGUUCUCCAAAAUCACAACGUAAAAUGCACGAGUCCUUACCACCAACAGACAGUGAUAAUGAAAAAGGAGAACGAAAUGGUAAAAAGGUGUGCUUCAGUGUAGCUGGUGAUGAGCAGGAAGAUUCUGGUCAUGACACUAUUAGCAACCGGGAUUCAUAUAGUGAUUGUAAUAGCAACAGGAAUUCCAUUGCUUCUUUUACCAGUAUUUGCAGUAGCCAAUGCAGUUCUUACUUUCACAGUGAUGAAAUGGAUUCAGGUGAUGAACUUCCAUUAAGUAUUCGCAUCUCUCAUGAUAAGCAAGACAAACUCCAUGGUUGUUUGGAACAUCUGUUUAGUCAGGUAGACUCAAUUAUUAAUCUUCUGAAAGGACCAGCUGUAGCGAGAGCUUUUGAGCAGACAAAGUUCUUCACUCCUAGUCGAAGCUUACAAGGUAUUAUUAAAGUAGAAACAAGCUGUCCCAAGAGGUUGCGACUACACAUCAAGCAAGAUCCCUGGAACCUUCCCAGCAGUGUUCGAAAUCUUGCACAAAACAUCAAAAAAUUUGUUGAAGAAGUGAAAGCAAGGAUCCUUUUAGCGCUCCUUGAAUAUACAGAUAGUGAGAUUCAGCUCAGGCGAGACAUGGUCUUCUGUCAAAGUCUAGUGGCCACAGUAUGUGCCUUUUCAGAGCAACUAAUGGCUGCCUUAAAUCAGAUGUUUGACAAUAGCAAAGAAUAUGAAAUGGAGACACAAGAAGCCAGCAAAAGGUGGUUGGAACAGAUCUCCAUUGCAGGUGUCCUCCUCAACUUCCAGUCACUAUUGUCACUCAACCUGACCGAUGAACAAUCUAUGCUAGAAGACACAUUGGUUGCAUUGUUUGACCUAGAGAAAGUUACAUUUUAUUUUAAACUAUCUGAACAAGAGCCUGUAGUUGCAAAUAUGCCAAUCCUGUAUCAAGCAGAAGGAAGUCGGCAAGCCUUGAAAGUUUACUUUUAUCUUGAUAGUUAUAAUUUUGAACAACUUCCUCAAAGGCUGAAGAAUGGUGGAGGUUUUAAAAUCUACCCAGUACUGUUUGCUCAAGCACUAGAAAGCAUGGAAGGCUGUUAUUAUAGAGACAAUGUGUCAGCAGAAGAAUUUCAAGCCCAGAUUAAUGCAGCUUCACUAGAAAAAGUAAAACAGUAUAACCAAAAACUCAGGGCAUUUUACCUGGACAAGUCAAAUCUUCCACCUAAUUCAACAUCAAAAGCUGCUUACAUAGAUAAGCUGAUGCGGCCCAUCAAUUCAUUAGAUGAACUUUACCGACUAAUGGUGUCUUUCAUAAGAUCAAAGCGCACUGCAAGCUGUGCCAACACAGCCUGCAGCGCCUCUGGAGUUGGACUGCUGUCCGUCGCUUCAGAACUCUGCAGCAGACUCGGAGCUUGCCACAUCAUCUUGUGCAAUAGUGGAGUUCACCGCUGCACUCUUAGUGUCACUCUGGAGCAGGCUAUGAUUCUUGCUCGGAGUCAUGGCCUACCUCCUCGAUACAUCCUACAAGCUACAGACGUGAUACGCAAACAAGGAGCAAGAGUGCAGAAUACUGCCAAAAAUUUAGGAGUGAGGGACCGAACACCGCAGUCCGCUCCAAGGUUGUACAAGCUGUGUGAGCCACCACCUCCUGCUGGAGAAGAAUAA